AGUGUUUUCUUUGUCUUUGCCAGGUUUUGAAUGAAUACUUCCACAACGUCUGUGAACUUGACCUGGUGUUCAACUUCUACAAGGUCUACACUGUGGUGGACGAGAUGUUCUUAGCCGGUGAGAUCCGAGAGACCAGUCAGACCAAAGUCUUGAAGCAGCUCCUCAUGUUGCAGUCCUUGGAAUGAGAAGCAGGGAAGCCAGAACAGCCAUGUUGGAGCUCCCCUUGCCGGACCUUGCAGCCCCUGCCCCUCUGGGCCCAUCUUUCUCCAACUGGUUCCUUGAGAGACUUACUCAAAGCAAAUUUGGCCACUUUAUUCGUAACGGGAUGGGGGGAGGCAGUGUGAAUUUGUGAGGGGCUGUUUCAAUCCAUAACCCUAUUUUCCCCCACAAACGGAAGAUGUCGAGUUUCCCGAUCAGGACUACGAUGCAUUUCUGUGAGAGGGGAUUAUCCAUAGCACCACAUAUCUCAGUGCUCCCUGUCACAUUUCCGCUACCCCCUUCCUCACCCAUUCAUGUAAACAUUGGGCAGGGUCUGCAGUAGAAGAGGGACCAUAAUUGUGUAUGUAUGUGUGUAUGUUUGUGGCAAGCGGUCGUAACUGCCAGUCAAGUGAUGUAUCGAAACAAAGCAUCUAUGGAACAUUUAAAAGCCAGAAUAAAUCUUCUAUGUAUCUAGAA